AUGCAGACUGAAAUAUAUACAAUAUGUACAGGAAAACGACAGGUGCAGUUGGUUUGGUCGGUCAGGUUUGCAGGAAGCGGCCGACCUUCCAAAACCACCUGGCAAAGACAUGGAAAGCAAAAAGAAUUGGACAAGGAAAGUGGCCAUCAGAAGCAAGAGGGCAGCUGCAGGUCAGACCAAGAAGAGCAGAGAGCUGCAUCCUGUGACGCCCGCGCCCUGCGGCUGACGCCCUCCUCUCCACCAAGCCCAGGUCUCACCCACUGCUCAAAGGAGGAAGAUGUUUAG